AUGGCCGUGAGUGCGUCAAUUGUGGCGCCACACAGACGCCCUUGUGGAGGCGCGAUGGAACUGGGCAUUACCUCUGCAACGCCUGCGGUCUAUACCAUAAAAUGAAUGGAACUAGUCGACCGUUGAUAAAACCAAAGCGCAGAAUGUCGUCCAAUCGCAAGGUCGGCACAAUCUGUGCCAACUGCAACACAACUCACACAACCCUCUGGAGGCGAAACCAACAAGGCGACUCUGUUUGUAAUGCUUGUGGUCUUUACUUCAAGUUGCAUCACCUCAAAUUGCCUCCUGCCCCAAACAAUUUUGCUAAACCAGUCUUCUCUAAACAAACUUUGCUGUCGGAUUCAUUGAACGAUCAGCCUUAUCCGAAGUGGGUUUUGCUUCUAUCACAAGACCUUGAAUCAGAUCUCUAUUCAUCCUAG